AGUAUGAUGUAUUUUUGAGUUUCAGGAGUGAAGAUACUCGUACAAACUUGGUUGAUCAUCUUUUUCAUGCUCUCCAGCAAAAAAGUAUUCGUACUUUCAAGGAUGAUGAGAGAAUCAAAAAAGGUAAAAAGAUCAGUGAUGAGCUCAUCGGAUCCAUUGAAGAUUCAAAAUUCUACAUCAUUGUUUUUUCCAAGAACUAUGCCUCUUCAUCUUGGUGCUUGGAUGAGCUUGUGAAGAUAAUGGAGUGCCAUAUGACGACAGAGCACACUGCGUACCCUAUCUUCUAUGAUGUGGAACCCUCCGAAGUCCGCAACCAAAGUGGGGCAGUUGGAGAAGCAUUUGCCAAGUACGAAAUGGAAGAGGCUGCUGGGAAAUGGAGGGUGGCUCUCAAAGAAGCAACGGACCUUGCUGGAUGGGAGUUGAAGAAGACCACUGAUGGGCAUGAAGCUAAAUUCAUUCAAAAAAUAGUUGAAGAAGUUUCACUAGAGUUACGUUCCAUCAGUUUCAACAUUGAUGAAAAGUUAGUAGGAAUGGAGACCCGGAUCGAAGAUCUUGUACCAUCUUUAGGAAUUGGUUGUGAUGAUGUCCGCAUGAUCGGGAUCAAGGGGAUGGGAGGUGGUGGGAAGACAACUUUAGCAAGAGCUGUUUUUGAUCACAUAUCCUUUCAGUUCGAAGGUAAAAGCUUCGUUGAAAAUGUCAGGGAAAAUGUUUCUUCAUUUGGUUUAAAGUCUUUGCAAAAGCAAGUCCUUUCAGAUAUCUUAAAUGAAGACGUUCGUGUAAGUAGUAUUUAUGAUGGGAAACACAUGAUGAAGAGGAUGAUGCGUGAUAAAAAGGUUCUUGUUGUUCUAGAUGAUGUGGAUCAUAUAGACCAGCUUGAGGCGUUAGCCGAUGAGCAUAAUUGGUUCAAGCUAGGAAGUAGGAUUAUCAUCACAACAAGAGAUGAGCAAGUCCUGGUAGCACACAAGGUGGAGUUAAUUCAUGAUGUAAAUUUGUUAUCCGAUAAGGAAGCAAUUUGCCUCUUCAAUAGGUAUGCCUUUGGGAGAGAGAUUCCAAUUCAAGAGUAUGAAGAGCUAUCAAGACAAGUUGUACGUUAUGCCGCUGGUCUUCCCUUAACGAUCAAAGUUUUGGGUUCGUUUCUUUGUGGUAAAGUUGAGCUUGAGUGGAUAGAUGCCCUAGAACGACUAAAAAUGAUUCCGUUAAAAGAGACUCUGAAAAAGUUGGAACUAAGUUAUAUCACACUAGAGGAGGAUUACAAGGAAAUGUUUCUAGAUGUUGCAUGCAUCAUGAAAGGUUGGCGGAAAGAUGAUGCAAUCAAAGCACUCGAAAGCUGUGGGUUUCAUGCAAGAAAUGGUUUAAGAGUUCUUGAGAAAAAAUCUCUCAUAACUAUUUAUCAUAAUUACAAUAAUUACAAGUAUGUGGGCAUGCAUGACCAUCUUGAAGAAAUGGGCAGAAAUAUUGUUCGUCGUUCGCACCCGGAUAAACCUCAUAAACAUAGUCGAUUGUGGAUUCAUGAAGAAAUUAGAAAUGUAUUGGCUAAUGAUUUGGGUAGAAAAGCGACAAGGUGCAUACGACUCGACACUCAAAAUAGCAAUCGGGAAUUUGAUCUCAAAGGUCUUAGAAAGAUGAAGGGACUUGGGUUUCUUUCCGUGGAAGCUGCUCAACGAGUGUAUCGACGUGUGUAUCAGGAUUCUAAUCUAGUCAUUGCUCCUUAUAUGUAUUGGGAUUGUAAUAUAGUCAACCCAGAAUUUCCAAAUGCUUUAAGAUAUCUGCAUAUCACCGGCUACCCUUUUAGGUCUUUACCCGUAACAUUUCAUGCAAGUAACCUUGUUGCACUUGAGAUGCCAGGCAGUAAAAUCAAACAACUUUGGGAAGGGGGAGAACAAAAGGUUCUUAACAAGCUGAGAAUCCUGGACCUCAGUUAUUCAAUGGUGACUACCCUUGACCUUCGACUUACUCCAAAUCUUGAAACGUUGGAUCUUGGGCGAUGUUCUAAUUUUGUAGAUCUUCACAUGCCUGUUAAAUGUUUAAAGCUCACACACGUCCACCUCAGCGAUUCAAGUUUCAUCAGGACUGUUGACCUCAGGCUGGCACCAAAUCUCGAAGAGUUGAUUCUUAACUUCUGCAACAGUUUGGAAAAACUUCAUAUGCCUGAUAGAUGUCUAAAUCUCAAGUACUUACGACUAACUACACUAAAGUUGAGGACCCUUGAUAUUGGUCUUAAUCCAAAUCUCAGGGAAUUAGAUCUUGGAGAUUGUCGUUACUUGGAAGAACUUAACAUGGCGUAUGAAUGUCAAAAGCUCGCCAACCUCAACAUUAGGCAUUCGAGGUUGAGGGUCCUUAACCUUGGGCUCACUCCAAAUGUUGAGAGGUUAAAUCUUGGAUUAUGUUGUCAACUGGAAGAACUUCACAUGCCUGUUGAAUUUUUAAACCUCAAAUACGUCAACCUUGAAGGUUCAAAUUUGAGGACACUUGACCUUCGGCUGGCUCCAAAUCUUGAAGAGUCGUAUCUUGUUGAAUGCAACAGUUUGGAAAAACUUCACAUGCCCCGUAGAUGUCUAAACCUACGAUCAUUAACCCUCACUAAUGCAAAGUUGAGGAUCCUUGACAUUGGGCACACUCCAAAUCUUGAAAACUUGCAUCUAGCAAAAUGUUAUGAUUUGAUAAAAGAUCUUACUUCUUGUAGUUUUGAUGAAUCACUUGAGGUUGGUCCUUUAGCUGAGUUAGAUCUGGGUGUGAAGUCCCUAGAAAGCUGCCCAUUUCAUCCCCACAAUAGCUUGUCAAAGUUUCAGUUUAGUUGUAUUUAUGAUGAAGAUCCACCCUCAUUGACUAGAAAAAUUGAGAUGCUUAUUUCUCUUGGUAUGUGUGCUUGCACAAACCUUGAGACGUUUUCAGGAAGAAUCUGUGGGCUAUGGCGUUUAAGAAAGCUUAAACUAGAAGGCGAAGAAACUGAAAGUAACAUCGGCAAUAUCCAGAAAGAAGUUGAAAGCAGCAUCGGAGGUUGGAUCGUUGAAGCAAUUCUUAGAGCAAUUGAUGAAGAAUCACGGGGUAAAUUUCCAAACGAUGGUGAUAAUCUACGAUUUAGCGGUAUUAGGGGUCGGAAAUUGGAAUUCCCAAUUUUCAACGUUAACGACCCCGAUAGAUGGAUAAUGAUGGCAGAACGAAAUCUUUUUUCUUAA